CUCUUUCAUUUCACAAAAUGACAUCAAUUAUAAUCUUCUUCCUCCUAACAUUGUGUUCCCUCCCAUUACUUGACUCGUCCAUUGACUCAGUCCCCCUCCUCCGAGCCAACUCAACGAUUCUCAGUCCUUCUCGAACAUUCCAGCUCGGCUUCUUCACUCCCAACUCACAAAACGGUAACAUUUACCUCGGAAUCUGGUAUGCAUCUCUUCCAACCCCAACUUAUGUAUGGGUCGCAAAUCGCCAUACACCACUCAAAGAUAAUUCCACAGCCGUACUUUCUCUCUCCUUUGGCCAACUUACUGUAUCUGACUCCGUCAACUUUGUUGUUUUCCGUUCCGAUAAUCUCCACCCCGGGUCAAACCUCAGUCUUCUAGAUAACGGCAAUCUUGUACUUCUUUCGUCUAAAAACGUCGUCGUUUGGCAGAGUUUCGACCAUCCAUCAGAUACUUGGUUACCUGGUAUGAAUCUUACUAAGAGUUUGUCUCUCACUUCGUGGAAAUCUUUGAAGGAUCCUUCUCUGGGGAGGUAUUCUUUGCGGUUACGUUCACCGGGUUAUGGUGAGAUCGAGUUGGUUUACAAUGAAACGCUGUCGUAUUGGAGUACAGGGAUAUGGACUGGGACUUCGUUCGAGAAUGUUCCGGAGAUGACUAUUGCUUAUAUUUACAGGUUUUAUUUCAAUCAUGUGUUUACUAAAACGGCGUCGUUUGGUUUCUCGGAAAUUUCGGCGGGGACGGAUAGUGGGCCCCCACCGUUUACUCGGUUCCAAGUCAGCUCAUCAGGGGAGCUCAGGCAGUAUACGUGGUCCCCACAGACUGAGUAUUGGAAUUCCUUCUGGACCCGACCCGAAUCCAGAUGUAAGGUUUACGGGCUUUGCGGACCCAACGGGAUUUGCUAUGGGGAGGCUGUACGAUUGUGCGGGUGUCCUCCCGGUUUUGGGCCGGUAGAUGGACCGGGUUGGGCCGAGGGGGAUUACUCGGGCGGGUGUAAGAGGUUACAGGAUGUUUGCAAGGAAGAUGAUAAGUUUGUGGAGGUAGGUGGGAUGAGUUUUGAUGGGGCAAAAACGGUGUCGUUUCAUGCGGUGGGAAGAAAUGAAUGUGAGAAGGGUUGUUUAGGAAAUUGUUCUUGUAUUGGGGUGAUUUACAAUGAGAAGAGUAAUAUGUGUAAGUAUUUGUUUGGAUUUCUUACUAAUUUAAGGAAUUUGACUAAUGAUAAUACAAUGGGUGGAUUUGAUGAAGUUUUGUAUCUAAGAAUAGGGAAAAAUGAUUUGGAACACAAGGGUUUGAGUCAUAAAAUGGUUAUUUUGAUUAGUUUAAUUUGUGGGUUAGUGUUAAUUUUAGUGAUUUUAGGUUUGAUUUUAUGGGUUGUAAGAAGCGAAUUGAGGAAGAGAAGGAAAGAGGAAGAAGAGGCAGUUUUAAUUGCUACCCAUUUAAAGGUUUUUUCAUAUAAGGAGCUUCACGCGGCGACCCGUGGGUUCUCCGAGAAGGUUGGGCAUGGUGGGUUUGGGACGGUUUUUCGGGGUACAUUAUCGGAUUCCUCUCAUGUGGCGGUUAAGCGACUAGAGCGACCGGGGAAUGGUGGGGAGAAGGAGUUUCGGGCCGAGGUUUGUACUAUUGGGAAUGUUCAACAUGUGAAUUUGGUUAGAUUGAGAGGGUUUUGUUCUGAGAAUUCUCAUAGAUUGUUGGUUUAUGAGUACAUGCAUAAUGGUGCCUUAAGCAAGUAUUUGAAGAAAGAUGGUGAGAAUAUGAGUUGGGAUGUUAGAUUUAGGGUAGCUAUUGGGACAGCUAAGGCAUUGGCUUAUCUACAUGAAGGAUGUAGACAAUGUAUUAUUCAUUGCGACAUUAAGCCCGAAAACAUCCUUCUCGAUACUGACUAUACACCAAAAGUGUCGGAUUUUGGGCUAGCGAAGUUAAUAGGUCGCGAUUUUAGUAGGGUCUUGGCAACAAUGAGGGGUACUUGGGGGUAUGUUGCACCCGAAUGGAUCUCCGGAGUUGCAAUUACCAACAAGGCAGAUGUUUAUAGUUACGGAAUGACAAUGUUGGAGCUUAUUGGGGGGAGGAGGAAUGUGGAAGCACCUCCCCCUUCGGCUUCUAAUACCAAGGCGGGUAGUGGCACCCUUGGUACUAAUGAUUCAAGUGGUGAGGCGAAAUGGUUCUUCCCACCAUGGGCAGCUCAGAAAAUUAUCGAAGGAAAAACCGAAGAGGUGGUGGAUGCAAGGCUUGGUGUUGCCUAUGAUAGAGGAGAAGCGGAGAGGGUUGGAAUGGUGGCGGUGUGGUGCAUACAAGACGAGGAGGGAGCGAGGCCUUCGAUGGGAAUGGUGGUGAAGAUGUUAGAAGGGGUAGUAGAAGUAGGUGUUCCUCCUCUUCCAAAACUUCUUCAAGCCUUAGUUGCUGAGGAAUCUUUUGGUGGGAUUAAUUCAGGGAAUGUAGCUUCAAAUAUAGGUGGUUUUGGGUCUGAAGAUGAUAGUAAUAUUAGGGUAUCUGUUAUAGAUUCAACACCUACUCAUUCUCCUAGUGAUAUUACAAAUGCAAAUGUAUAAUUUCAUCUAUAAUAUGUGAUCCAGAUAGAAGUAAUUUUGAAAGGCCCUCUUUUAUCAAGGCUCAAAUAUGUGUUUUUAUUCUUUGCAUAAAUCUUUUUGAUAAUAAGGUUUUGACUUCGAUUCCCCCGUUCUAUCAACUCAACUACCUUGUACUCAAAAAUACAAAAUAUCCAAAUAUAAAAUCGUUAUGUGA